UGAACAAGGAUUUAAAAUAUGGAAGUGGGCCUUUAUGCACACAAAUGGAUGAAGUUCUUAGAAAAAGCAAAAUUCCAAGGCAAGCGUAUCAUGGAAAGAGCUUUGUCGGCAAACAUGUGUAUCGCUCAUGUAAAUUUAAUAUCAUAGACAAGCUUAUGGAUAGUGUAGAAAUUACACUAAAGCAGCAGAUGCAUCAAUGCCCUGCUAGCCACAAGAAACUUUUGGAGAUCAAAUUGAAAAAGAUAAGAGAAUCCUUUACUCCUGUGUUUAAGUUGUUUAGUGAUGUACAUGCCUGCAUAAAUCAUACAAGAUGCAUUGAUGAUUCAGAAAUAGAUGCAUAUGAAAAUUCUAUAAAGAUAUUCUCCAGAGAGUACAGGAGAAUUGCCCCUGGAGUUGUUCAACCCAAACUCCAUAUGCUUGAACAUCACGCAAUACCGUUUAUGCGGGAAUGGAAGGUAGGAAUCGGAUUACUGGCAGAACAAGGUGGCGAACUGAUACACGCCGAGUUCAAUAGACGGAAAAGGGCUGUGUAUGGGAUGAAAACUAACCUGGAACAGCUAAUGUCCAUUAUGAAGGCACAUUUAACUUUCACAUCGCCUGAAAUUCAACAAGAAGUACAGAUAAAGAAAUUUCGGAAAUCAGAAGAAUAAAUUUAGCAAUGAGAGGCUGGUUAAAACACAUGAGGAGUUAGGGUUGGAUCUACACAGUGUAAUUGGAUUAAAUCAUUCAUGAAAAUGUGACUUGAUGUACUGUAAACAUCAUAGGUUCUUAAAACAAGUUUAGGCUCUACUCAACUGGAACUUGAAACCAUCCAUAAUGUUUCUUAUUUUCACAAUGGGAAGGGGGGGGGGGGUUUACAGUAUAGUCAUAUACUGUACUGUAUUCUUUUAUAAAAGAGAUCAAACAAUAUUAUCAAAUUCACAAUAAUCAUUUAAUUGAGGGAGUUCACAGAGAAGAAUAUGUUUUCUACUCUUGUAGAAAUUUUGAAACUAUGGAUGAUCCCUUUCCAGCUACUUCACUUGUUUAAUCAUUGAAGUAAAGUAUUUCAAUUAAAGUGUAUUCAGAGUUUAAGCUAGCCAAAAACAUAAUUUAGCAAUUAGGGCUAAUUCAGUAUGAAAAUAAAUACUGUAGCUAAUUUUGGAAAAAAACAUAUUUAGUCAAAUUCAGCUUUUAUGUUGCAUUUGGCUAAUGAUAGCUUAAAGACUGUGUUUUGUUCAAUAUGUGAGCCUGCUGUGUAGAAAAUGUACUGUAUAUAUUUGAAAG